ACCAAGAAUAGAGGGGGGAUUACCAGAGCCAACCAUGGCUUAUGGAAAGAGACCAGGGACUAUUACCAAAAUACUGGGUGCCAGUUCUCCCUCCUGCCCAGGUCCUGGCCCUGGAUUCACAACGUAUCCAGGUGAGGAAACACAGGAUUUGAGGAGUGAAUCCCCUCCGCCUCGCCACCGCAGAAGCACAGAGCUGUAUCACAACAACCAGCCAACCCCCCCUGGCCUGGCUCGUGUCCGUCCUCUGGCCUGUGACCGGAGUACUGAUGGCCUGGACGAGGAGGACACUUGUUCUGAGUACGACAACGUGGGCUCCGACGUGGAGCAGCACUCUGAUGAAGUGCUGCACAGCGCCGGAAACGGAAAGGGCGUGGACGUGACGUACUACACUCACUUCCGCUCCGAGGAGGGCACGUAUGUGGAGACCGUGGUGGACGGCACUGACGAAGGCUGCAGCGUGGUGGGUCGUCGUUCGCCCAGGGAACAACCCAACUCAGAAAUACAUGAGGGACCACCGCAGGACAAAGAACCUCCUCACUUCGACCGGCAGUUUAGUCCCUGUCCUGCCCCCGUGCCAAGAGGCAAAGAGAACGAGGAUGAGCCGAGCCAGAAGCAGGAAUAUUUCCCUGAUGAACCCGAGCAGGGAGAGCAAGAUGAGGCCGGACACACAGAGGACGAUACGGAGGGUACGGUUCAGACCUCCGUCACUCAGCAAGAGAAUAAGGGAGAGAGGAUGAGAAAGAGAGAAGGAGAGGAUAGGGCUAGCGAGCCUAAUGAGGUCUACUCUACAAGGAACUGUGUUAUCCCAGAGAGCAGUAAGAAGUCAGCUUGUGAGUCGUCUCUCAGAAGCACUAAAGAGAAGGCGAGGCACAGCAAGGGAAGGGGAAAACUGGAAACAGGCGAGGAUGUUGAGCUUACAGUGCCCUGGGCGAAGGGGUGUCCUAACAGCCCCACUCAUCCAAGCCCAGAGGCCCUGAAGAACGGCAGACCAGCAGCCAUCAGGCCAAAACCUAGAUCCAACAUCAGUAAGCCGCACCCUCCCCCACAUCAGCAUCCUAACAAGACCCAGAUCCAGGCACACCCCAAUCCACAACCCAAACCCCAGCCACAGCCACAGCCCAAACCCCAGCCACAGCCCAAACCCCAGACCAAGACCCAAAACAAGACCAAGACCCCUGCCCCACAGACCCACCAACCUCAACAGAGAAGAGGGGGUCCCACCAGACCCACGCCAGAGAAGAGCCAGCCCAGAGCUUCCAGCCCGCCUCAAACGCUGCCCCAUAUCACCGAGCUCCAGAGGGUGCCCUCUGAAGACAGGGAGGUGUGGGCAGAAACAGAAAGGCCAUUGCACACUGAGUCCGAAAUUCCCAGCAUUUUGAUAGUUUUUUUGGGCAAUUCAGAGCCACCGAAUGUUGAGGCUGACGAUUGCGAAAAACCGCAUACGAAAAUUUCGGACUCAAGUGUCGCAGAGCAGCCAGAGAUGCCUCCCUGCUCCCAGCCUAAACCACCAGAGGACAGCAUUGACCAGGUGAAGGUGAAUGCUGAGCAAAUGCAAGAAAAGGCUUCUUUUCCAAGCUUUGUGGACGUCCCAGGUCCCUGUGAACCAGAGGACCUGAUUGAUGGGAUCAUCUUUGCUGCUAACUACCUUGGCUGCACUCAGGUGCUGUCAGACAAAAACCCCUCCAAAGCCAUCCGCAUGGCGCAGGCCCAGGAGGCUGUCAGCCGUGUGAAGUGUCAAGACGAAGAUUCACAGAUGGUGACUGAAGUGGACCUGUUCAUCUCCACCAAGGCUGUCAAAGUGUUAAAUGCAGACACACAGGAAACGAUGAUGGACAGUGCCCUUCGUAUAAUCUCCUAUAUUGCGGAUAUUGGGAACAUUGUGGUUCUGAUGGCGAGGAGACGCAUGUCUCAGGCCACCUCGCAAGACUGCACCGAGGACCCUCUGCCUCCUGUUGAGGGCCAGAGGCAGUACAGGAUGAUCUGCUACGUCUUUGAAUCGGAGGACGCACAACUCAUUGCCCAGUCCAUCGGUCAGGCUUUCAGUGUGGCGUACAGAGAAUUUCUCAGAGCCAAUGGAAUCAACCCCAAGGACCUGAGUCAGAAACAAUACAGUGACAUCAUCAAUUCCCAAGAAAUGUACAAUGAUGACCUGAUACAUUUCUCAAACUCUGACAACUGUAAAGAGCUGCACGUGGACAAGCAGAAGGGGGAGAGCCUGGGGGUGGUGAUUGUCGAGUCUGGCUGGGGAUCCAUCCUGCCCACCGUGAUCCUGGCCAACAUGCAGAACAGUGGCCCCGCUGCCCGCUCUGGGAAGCUCAGCAUCGGAGACCAGAUCAUGUCCAUCAACGACACCAGCCUGGUGGGGCUUCCGCUGGCCACCUGCCAGGGAAUCAUCAAGGGCCUGAAAAGUCACUUGCAGGUGAAGCUGAGCAUCGUGAGUUGUCCCCCUGUCACGACGGUCCUCAUCAAGAGGCCAGACCUCAAGUUCCAGCUGGGGUUUAGUGUUCAGAACGGCAUUAUCUGCAGCCUGAUGCGGGGUGGCAUUGCAGAGCGAGGAGGGGUGCGUGUCGGCCACAGGAUUAUUGAAAUCAACGGCCAGAGCGUGGUUGCCAUGGCACAUGAGAAGAUUGUCCAGACCUUGUCUGUUUCAGUGGGUGAGAUCAACAUGAAGACCAUGCCUGCUGUGAUGUUCAGACUGCUAACAGGGCAGGAGACUCCCGUCUACAUAUAGAGUCUUCAUGGAGCCUUACACGCCUUCUGCAUGUCCAGAAUGACCGAGUGAUACAUUAAGUAAUCAUUUCACUCUAGUGUCGUCUUACUAUCCUGGAAGGAAUCUCUUCAAGUUUUAUCUUGAACUACCAGUACAUUGUCACAGUGGAUGAUGAUGUGUAAAUAAGCUUCUGAUAGUGUGUGUGGAUGCAAUACUGAUGACCUGGGAGAAUGUGAAGGGAAUAUGAGACCAUGGUUAUUUUCUUAUGAAAAGAGAUAAAGUAGUACAUUUUAUUUUUGAUUUUGUCCUUAUUUUUUAUAAUAUACAAUGUUAUACAAUGUUGUUUAAUUACAUAUAGUUGAAUUUACUGGCAUUUGAACUAUAUCAUUAGCAUUGGGUGGGCCAGUCAAUAAUGGCAGAUAAGUAUUGGGUUUUCAAAGAAGGUAUUGUGCUUUGCUGGAUGAGGAAACCUAAAUUAUGAGGCAAACUAGGGUGUUAACAUUUUGGCAAAACUAAAAGCCAAAGAUUAUGACUAUUGCGAUGUGUUCUAAGAUAAACAUUUUGCUGAUUGCCUUCUACAGGUAAGAAGAAUUUAACAAUUGUACAUUUGUUGUAUGAAUGUAAUACCCCCAUACUAAGACAGCAUUGUCAUGGCUGAACCCUUAUAAAAGCAUACAAUUUCCUAAAGUGUUUUAACAAAGUACCCAUAUGACAUGCAAAACUUAAAAUAAAGAGAUCAAGUUUGAUAUGUGCAUGUAUCGGAGGACAACAAGAUUUUCUGUAAUUAGCACAUUUAUUGAUGCAAUGGACUGGGAAACAGACAAAUUGAGAUGACAGCACACUGUUCCUUGGACAAAAACCUGGCUUGCUGGUUGCGUACUGCCUAGUCCUUGAACACAACACAGUAUAAAUCCUUCACAUUUGUAUGUGUU